CAGAGCUAACAGGAGCAGCAGCGUCUCUCCUCCAGCUCCAAGCUUUAUGUCUGUGAGGGCUGCUCGUCGCCGGAGGGGAGAUUUUACGGAUGCUCUUCACCUAAUGUGACACAUUUCAUACAAGUGCUCGAAUCACCGGUUGAAGCAAUGAGAGUCUUUGGAGUGAUAAUAGGGAUUUUACAGUACGUGGGACUUUAUAUUCAACUUAACACAGCUCUUAAUGUCGGACACGGAGAGGUGGAUAAUCACAUCUCUGGAAAUGCUCUAUUUACAGAGGUGCCACAUGACAUCAGGACGCAGAGCGGGGAGGAUGUAGAGAUGGCUUGUUCCUUCCGUGGGACGGGCUCUCCCUCCUACUCCCUGGAGAUCCAGUGGUGGUACAUUAAGGACCGGAGAGACUGGAAACAGAAGCCUGCGAAGAUCACAAAUGAUGUUGUACCGCUGGAAGAAACUUCCAAAGAUGCCACCAAAAUAAGUGUGGUAAAAGUGGCCGGCAGCAACAUCUCCCACAAGCUCCGUCUCUCCAGUGUCAAGCCGUCAGACGAGGGCACGUACGAGUGUCGAGUCAUCGACCUCAGCGGCCCUGUGGCGCAGCAACACCGUGUUCGCGCCUUCCUCCGUGUGGAGCCUGGGAGCAGUCAGGGGUCUGAAGAGGUCAAGAGGCAGGAGAAAGGGCAGAGGUCACAUGGGAGCCAGCCACACCCCCACCACCAGACAGAGGGCAGGGAACUGAAGAGGAGAUCAGCUGACAGCCCCACUGACUGCAGUGAGAGCUGUGGGCUGUAGAGGGUCUGCAUGUUCAUGACUUAUCUCUACAGAGGGACUGUCAUCAAAACACCCGUCAUCACAGACUGGACCUUUGUGUUUCAGCGUUUGUUUGUCCAUCUUUAAUAUUGCUGUUCAGAUUGCCAAUGCUGUUGAAUGCCAAUAGAGGGCACCAUUUGAUUUAGUGUACAUAUAAAUGUGUUCUUUUCUUUGCUUUGUUAUUUUCUCAGUUUUUUUUUCUCUUGCAUUAGGUUUGUGUUAUAGUGAAAGUAAGGCUGUAAUUACAGAACAUUUGUUUUUGUUAUUUUGUAUUUUUCGACUCACUCAACUGUAGUUUUCCUCACAAUCCAAAACUGCAGUGGAGAGUCAGAAUUAUCAUCAAUAUCAUAAAAAUGAAAAGGGGAUACAGACACAAAACAGAUCAUUUCCCCAUUCUACUGUCUUUUACCAAAACAUAUGCCAAAGGUUGCAGUAUUUUAAUGUUAAUGCUUUCUAAGAAAUAAAGAAUAUAUCAAGCUUUCUUUAAUUUAUCUGAGAACAUUUCAAAGUGCUUUGUUUUAUUCAUGUGAUCUUUGUUAAAGCAGUAUCUGUAUUAAGCUUUCUAAACCACGACUAUAAUGUUUGUCAAAAUCACAUCACAUCAAACAAUGUAUUAAUUCUUAUGUAUAUUCAAAUCUUAGCACUGUAGACUUGUAAUGUAUUCAUAAAAUAAAGUUUACUGUCCUGCUUAAACAAA